CUGAGCUGAAGGCAAACGCUUAACCGACUGAGCCACCCAGGCGUCCUUGAACAAUGGCCCUCUGAUUGCAAGCAGCUUGUCUGCUACCAGGUCCUGCCCUUAUCUGCCCUGACCAUUCUGUCCAAGGCUGAGCCAGGCUGGGUCCGGGUCCCACGGCAAGGAACAGAGGGUGUGUCUGUGGUCCCAGCAACAAAGGCUUCUCCUUUUGGUGUUUGUUUCCCUCUUGCAGUUCAGCUCCGUCAUCUGAACCAUGAGGAUCUGGUUGCUCCUGCUUGUCAUUGGAAUCUGCACGAGAAAUGUGAACUCGCAGGACACGUGCAGGCAAGGGCACCCUGGCGUCCCUGGGAAUCCUGGUCACAAUGGUUUGCCUGGGAGAGAUGGACGAGAUGGCACAAAGGGCGACAAGGGUGAGGCAGGAGAACCAGGACAUCCUGGUGGUCCAGGGAAGGAUGGAAUGAAUGGAGAGAAAGGAGAGCGAGGAGCAGAUGGAAAAGUUGAAGCCAAAGGUGUCAAAGGCGAUCAAGGCUCACAAGGACCGCCAGGGAAACAUGGGCCAAAGGGAUUUGUUGGUCCCAUGGGAGAGAAAGGCCUCAGGGGAGAGACUGGCCCUCAAGGGCAAAAGGGGGAUAAAGGCAGUGUGGGGCCCACCGGUCCAGAAGGGCUAAAGGGCAGCACUGGGCCUUCGGGCCCAAUGGGUCUACCUGGCCCCGUGGGCCCCAUUGGGAAGCCUGGCCCCAAGGGAGAUGCUGGACCUUUGGGACCCCAGGGAGAUCCAGGAGUCCGGGGAAUGAGAGGCUGGAAAGGGGACCGAGGUGAGAAAGGGAAAAUUGGCGAGACUCCAGUCUUGCCCAAGAGUGCUUUCACGGUGGGGCUCACAGUACUGAGCAAGUUUCCUACUUCAGAUGUGCCCAUUAAAUUUGAUAAGAUCCUGUAUAAUGAGUUCAAUCAUUACGACGUAGCCACGGGGAAGUUCACUUGCCACAUUACCGGGGUCUAUUACUUCACCUACCACAUCACGGUUUUCUCCAGGAAUGUUCAGGUAUCUUUGGUCAAAAAUGGGGUGAAAAUACUGAACACCAAGGACGGUUACAUGAGCUCUGAGGACCAGGCGUCGGGUGGCAUGGUGCUGCCACUGAAGCUGGGAGAUGAGGUGUGGAUGCAGGCCACAGGAGGGGAGAGGUUUAAUGGCCUGUUUGCAGAUGAGGACGAUGACACGACUUUCACAGGCUUCCUUCUGUUCAGCAGCCAGUGAUGGGGAGGUGUAUAGGGACCUGCCUCCCCACCCCUCGGAGCUGGCUUGCUCUGUUCUCAGAUGAGUCUGCUCUAUGAAUCACUCUCAUUAUUGUAAUAAUCAUAGAGGGGCAACAAUAGGACAGUUAUUCCCAAAGUUGAGUUUAUGUGACUUACACUGCUGUUUCCAACAGUAAGUUUAAAAAUGCUUGCACUGGGGCUCCUGGCUGGCU